GGUCACGUGCUGGUUUCAACUUCCUGUUUACCACUUGUUCCUUGAGACAGUUCACGGAUUGCGACACUCGUGUGAUUUUUGAUCAAGACUAAUACAUACGCUUUUAAAUCGCUGCUGCUACGGAUUUAAUCGUUUUGGAACGGUUAAUAUUUUUUGGUCAUUACUGGGGAAGAGGAGAGGAAAUGAAUAAAUUACAGAGGAAACGUGACUAGGCCAGGAGUCCUCGUGAUUUCCUGAGUCAGGCGCCCGGAGUAUUCCUCUGUCAACAAACGGCUCAAUACCAAAGAUACGAGUGAUGAGGGCAAGGACUAAAAACCAGUCAGCAUUCAUUUUUCUAGGCAAAACGUUUAGUAAUGUGUUGGAUUUAACUUUAAGUGUGGAUACUUCCUAACAUUAUUUAACUAACGAUAGCUACUUUAACUAGCCAACCAAAUCCACCACCACUAGCUUAGCCACGUAAACAAAUUACUAUACAUUCUGCUUGCCUGGCAAGUUUUACUCGGAAGGGUUAGCUAGCCUGCUGGCUGGUUAAUACAUCCUUGUUUCUAGAGGGUACCAACAUAGCGGUGCCCUGAAUUCGGGGAGAAUACCCGGUUCCGGCCCUUUGAAGCGGGCAGUCAGGAAGAAACUGGCUGGGAAGGGAUGGCCUGGUGGGUCUUCCCGUUCCCAAGGUGCUGCGGUGUUUGAGGGCGGAAGAGUUCGGAUAGAACCCACGGUCGGUCGCGGCACGAUGAUGGCUGCGUUCCCUUCCGUGUCUGGGAGUCUCACGGCCUCCGGGCUAAUGAUAUCAGGCAGAAAGACUGAGGAAAUAGCGGAUUUGAUAGAUUUGUUUUCGAAGACACAGUACAGAGCGAAAGAAGUCACGCCACGGGUCGAGACGAUAGAGAAGCGUUGCUUGGAGCUCUUUGGCCGAGACUACAAGUACAGUGUCAUCCACAACGCCAACGGGGAGGUGUGUGGCCACUACCCCCGACAGAUGGUCUUCCUGGAGUAUGAAUGUGCAGAGCUCCGUAAAGACGGGUUUGAGAGCACAGUCCAGAUCACCAAGCUGCAGGAUCUGGUGAACCGCAGUAAGAUGGCCCGCUGCAGAGGGAGGUUUGUCUGCCCCGUCAUCCUCUACAACGGCAAACAUAUCUGUCGAUCAUCCACUCUGGCAGGCUGGGGGGAGCUAUAUGGGCGCACAGGCUACAACUACAUCUUCUCAGGGGGGAUUGAUGACACAUGGGGGGCAGAGUCUGAGCCAGAGGUUCCAGAGGACGACAGUGCCAGCAACGGGGACUCUCAGCUCUUUGACAAGGUGCGGGGUCUGGACAUCAAGCUGCUGCGCUACCUCUCUGUGCGCUACAUCUGUGACCUCAUGGUGGAGAACAAGAAGGUCAAGUUUGGCCUAAAUGUCACCUCGUCUGAGAAGGUGGAUAAGGCCCAACGAUAUGCAGACUUCACCCUGCUCUCUGUGCCUUACCCAGGGUGUGAGUUCUUUAAGGACUACAAAGAUAGAGACUACACCGCUGAGGGACUAGUAUUCAACUGGAAUCAGGAUUUUGUGGAUGCUCCUUUGACAAUCCCUGUGUGCUUUACCAAGAACUUGAAUAUAGACUGGAGUAGAUAUCAGUCUUGGGACCUGGUCCAGCAGACCCAGAACUACCUGAAGCUGUUGCUUCACAUCAUCAACAGCGAUGACGAGAGCGGUCUCCUCGUGCACUGCAUAUCUGGUUGGGACCGGACACCUCUCUUUGUGUCCCUCCUGCGUCUCUCGCUGUGGGCAGACGGUGCCGUCCACGCCAGUCUGGAGCCGGCUGAAAUCCUCUAUCUGACCAUCGCCUACGACUGGUUCCUCUUUGGUCAUAUGCUACCUGAUCGCCUCAGCAAAGGAGAGGAGAUUUUCUUUUUUUGCUUCAAUUUUUUGAAGCACAUUGUCUCAGAGAAGUUCUCUGCCAUGAAGAAACCGAGUUUCCACAGAAGGAAAAACUCUCAUUUCAAAGACACUGAUUUCACAGUGGACGACCUCUGCCAGUUGAAGUCCAGGGACCGGGGCAGCGUGACCAGUCUGAGCAGUGACUUCUCACUGAUCACGGAGGACGUAGGCGGAGCCACCUACCUCACCAACGAUGCCGUGGACCUGUUUUCCGGCCAGCCCCUGGCAGCCUCCAGCUGGAGGAAGGGACAGAACUCGUCCCCACAGACGGUGCUGUGGAACCGGCCCAACCCCCUGCAGGAGCGGCUGGCCCACCCCCUCAGUCAAGAAGCCAAGUCCUCCAGCUCUUCCUCCUCCAACCAAUCAGAGCCGGGUUUCACGCGCGCCGGCAGCAGUCCUAUGUCUGUGCCCGGGAGAAGGCUGGCGGCAGAGUACGCCCGCUCAGGCUCCUCCCUCUCCGCGGACUACGGCAGCUGGCAGAUUGUGUCGGGCUGCGGCUCCAUCCACGACCGCGGACAGUUCCUGCCAAUCCCCACCGCCACCAACGACUUUCCCCUCCCCUUUAUCUUCCAGGACGAGGGGCCCAGUGGACGCAUUUGCCCGUCGCCCUCGGAGCGUCAGGCUCGUCUGGAGACGGUGAGGGAGGUGUUCCUGGCUGCCUACAGCUCCACCGUGGGCCUCAAGUCCAGCGUGCCCAGCCCCUCCGGCGCCAUCUCAGGCCUCCUGGAGCAGUUUGCCCGUGGCGUGGGCCUCCGGGGCACCAACAGCAUCGUCUGAUCUAGGGUCAGGUCUCCCCACCCCAAAUGUGAACUCUGCGCCCAUAAUCAUUGUAUUCAUAAAGUGUCUCAGAGUAGGAAUGCUGAACUAGGAUCAGUUUUUCCUGUUAGAUCAUAUGGACAGGAAGGCCUGACUCUAGAUCAGCACUCCUACAUUUACAUUGAGUCAUUUAGCAGACGCUCUUAUCCAGAGCAACUUACAGUAGUGAAUGCAUACAUUUUAAUUUGUUUUCCGGUGCUCCUACCGUGAGGCUCUUUGUGAAUAUGGGCCCUGACCCCCCCCCCCUCCCACUAAAUCCCGUCCUAUUGAAUUGCGGUCCACAAUCCGCAUUCAUCUCCAUCGGGGGAAGAUACAUCUCGUAUGGACUGUAAUAAAAAUAAAAAGUGCCAAACUUCUCUACUCUAUUCAGGGGUUGAAGCGUCCUUUUAUAUUUGUUGGAUUAAACAUGUUUUUAGUUCAUUUUUUUUAUAUAUAUACACAUAUCGAACGUUACAUACCCUGGGUUUAUUUUGUUCUUUAAUUUCUCUUUUAAAAAUAUAUUUUUUUUUAUUCAUGCAUUUCCAACUUUCUCUCUGGAGUUAUUCCUUUUUUGUUUGCCACACAUUUUUUGUCGAUUCAGGGAGUGUCUCGGGGGAUGACAAUGUCAGUCACACUAUCAAUAAGAGAGAUGACAAUUGUACUUUAACAUAUGGAGCAUUUUUCUUAGGGAUUCGGUGCUAUGAGUGUGGUCAGAGUAACAUUGACUUGUUACAUGCAGAGGAUUCAAAGCAUAUUAUGUGGAGUUAUCUUUUAUGAUUUUAAAGUAAUUAUUUUGGAUUUAACGUGCCGAUCCGUCCUAAAUCGAGGACGCCAGACUUCUCUUUAGUGGCCGAACACUCAAAAAAUCUGCUAUUCAGUGUUGAAUCAGAAGCUGCUAUUCAGUGUUGAAUCAGAAGGAAGCGUUAAAUAUAUAAUUGUAGUGAGUACUGUGGUUGUCAUACAAACAGCACUAGCUAAGUGUGUCAGGGCAAUAGAAACAUGCUGUUUCUUUUUAGAACCAAAUUUGGCAUAGAAAAGUCAUAUCAAGCUGGAUGUAGCUUAAUUCUGUAGAAUUUAAUAUGUUGAAUCCUAUCAGCCUAUUUUUGAAUUGGUUACUCGUUUUUAAUCAUUUGACUUUUUAGGUCUGUUAAGUCACUUAUGUGCAGACAUUUAAACAAAGAAAUGUUGCGUUGUCGCCAUACAAAACAUUUUCACACGGUCUUCAGUAUGUCUAUGUGCACAUACACACCAUCAUUAGACUGGUCCCAGACCUGUUUGUGCUGUCAUGCUGACUCCUACGCUUGUGGCAUGGACAGAUCCAGGUUACACCAUCAUUACCUGGGCUUCAGACCACAUACCAGAAGCCAGACCUAUUAGUUGGCUGCGUUGAAAGUUCUUUAAAAGUCCUUCACAAGGUUUAGAUUUGAGGCCACUUCUGACAGCUAUUCCUAUGCUCAGUCACUUCAUCUCUCAACUUUAUUUCUCACAGUUGUGCGACAUGAUGGCUCCGAGCCACCCUGCUAUCAGCCUUUAUCGUUUUAUGUACUUUGUGGCUGCGUUCCAGACCGACUACAUUGCAGUCGGCUCGCAAAACCUGGAUAGGUGUUAAACAUAUCAACUUACUGCAUCAGAUCUAGCGAUCUGAAACCUGACUGUGCAGUCGAAGACAUGGCACAGAACCACUGGUCAAUGCGAGCAGCAUGACUGCAAUGUAGUCAGCCUGGAACAUGACCUCUCUGUGACUUAAGCCCCCGGAGGUAGUGUGGGAGACAUCUCUUUAAAAGUUUUGAAUCUAGAUCUGUCUCGUUACACUACACAAGUAUCUCUUCUGGACCUAGUUUGUCCUCAAAGUAGUGUAGUAUAAAGAGGCCCUAACAUUGUUAAUAAUAAAGUCAGCUAGCUUGCUUAACAUUGACAAUAUUGUCAGACUAGCUACAUUAACCAUAUUGACAAGGUUGUAAUAGUCAAAAAAUUGAUUUGUUGCUAUCUUUUGGUUGAAAAGGUAAAAGCUUAGUCCGUGGUGAAACGUCUCAACUCAGUUUCCCACUUGUAAUUGCGACUUGGAGGGUCUUUCAAUUGAAAUGUCCAACUCGGAACUAGAAGAUUCCGAUAACUUAUAGCACUUGAACGCUUUAUUAAUGGCUUAGUAAAAGCUCUCUUAUUGCUGCAUGAGCCAGUGGACUGGAUCAGUUCGCUGCCACUGAACAGUGAUCUCUCCCUGUCUAUCCUCUCCAUGUUCUCAGUUCCUCUUUGAGACCCGAAACACGCCUUUCAGAUCAGGAAGAUGAGACUUUGGCCCGUUACAGGCCGACUACGUUGCUGUUGCCUGCCAGUUCACAUCACGACUGGAUAUGUGUUUAAUAUAUCUAACCACGUCAUAUGAUUAAGAAAAUCUGAUGCCCGACUGCUAAAUCGAUGACGUGGCACGCAACUAUGAGUUGCAGCAUUACUGCAAUGUAUUCGGCCUGGAAAGCGACCAUUAGGCCGGUAGCGAUUAUGUGGUCCAAUGGCAGUGUUGUGGCGUCAUUGCGUUCAGAUAGAAUAGUUUAAUGCCUCGUUCACGUCAUGUCGUAGACUCUGAAAUGUACAACUUGCUGAUUCGUUGUAGAAAGAUGAUACUUGGGUUUUCCACUUGAAGUAUCAGAAUUAACCAGUAUGAAGCUCUACGCAAAUUAUUUACAGUCAUUUUUACUCGAAGGUACCGAGUUUCCGACAAGACGUGAGUGCGGCAUUAGGCAGCAUUUACUGGGAUUUGUUUAGCUUGAUUGCGAUGCCAAAUGGUUUUGACGGCUGCUGUACAGUACUGUACCUCAGGACCUUUUGUUGUGCCUUUUCACCUGGAGCACUGGAAGAGAUUCUUAUACGGCUUGAGUUGUUUAAAAAAAUACUUUUUCAGAAUCCACAACGAAACAAAUACCCGCUAGCUACUAUGAUUUAAAGCGCAUAAGUAGUUUCGGUCAGUGGAACCGCAAACUGCAAUCUAGUGGCUUUUCCCCUCUAUCAAUCACUUGAAUGCAAAAUGAUUAAUAUUUGUUCAGUCUUUGUUCAAUCACAUUUGUCAAUGGCAAUUUAUCAUAAUGAAGAGUAUUCUGUAAAGUCUGUUGGGAUGAGAUCUUUCUGUCAAUCGGUAUGACAUAGAGCUGUUAAGGGGGUAGUGUUAAGAUUUCAGGAUAUUGGUGCAGAUGUUACCUUUUCUAGAGUACUCUCACUUGUCAACCAGUGUGCGGACUGAUGCAAUAUUGUACUUCUGGGUAUACUUCAAUUGUCCAUUCUCUGUCUCAUUCAAUCUUCCAACAGUAGUUUUUUUAAAUUUUUUAUUGAACCUUUAUUUAACUAGGAAAGUCAGUUAAGAACAAAUUCGUAUUUACAUUGACGGCCUACACCGUCCAAACCCGGACUUCAUUGGAAGCUUACCUGGUUGCUUUCACUUGUCCAAUCCUUUAAAAUCAAAGGAAACCAUUGUGCCAUUGGUCCUUCCUCCCACCUGAAUUUGAGAGAUGUUUACUGUUUAUUUUUUAUGAAUUUAAUUAUUUUACUACCAUCACAUCCUCAACUCUGAUAUGAUUUAUCAUACCAGAGAUAUUGAGUAUGUCCAUGGUAGGAUACAUUGGUGGCACUUGGUUCUAUUCCUAUAGGUCCCUGUUGGUGGUUAUAGGCAGCCCGCCAGCCCUAGAGCCCCUAGAUCAUUUACAGUUGAUACAUACCACUCACUUCACACUGGGCACUUUUAGAAUUACACAAGCACCUCAAGCAUUGUUCAACUCAUCCAUGUUUUUGCAUGUCAUUUCCCCAACUAAUUAAAACUAGUUGAAUAUAGUACUUUUAGUAUGAUUUAUUUUUUUGUACCCCUCUUGAUUUUACUGAAAUGCUUCAUUGCACACUCAUUUGAGUUAUGUCUUUUUCAAUAGAUUGACAUGUUUUUCUUUUAUCAUGUUUGUUAGUUUUUAAAUUGCUCUUUAAUUGUCGCCAGUGAGGCUACAUUGAGAAAGGUGAAUUGAUCUGCAGGUGGUAAUUAUGAAUAAAGAAGAAACAAAG